CUGACUUCCGGGUCCCGCCCACUACUCCAUGAUGACGACACGUAAACCUUGAGAGGUUUUGUAAGAAAAAGAGGCUUCAAGUUCGUCACUUUGGAGAUCAAACUAUGUCCAUGUUCAGGAACGCCGUGUGGUUUGUCAAAGGACUCAACGAAUACACCAAGAGCGGCUACGAGGCGGCUGCCAAGCAUUUCGUGGCGGCCGACCUGGAAGUGGACCUGAGCGGGCGCUCCUUCAUGAUCACGGGCGCCAACAGCGGCCUGGGAAAAGCCACGGCACAGGAAAUAGCCAACCGAGGGGGUACAGUGCACAUGGUGUGUCGCAACAAGGGGCGAGCAGACGCCGCCAAGCAGGAAAUUGUGGAGCGAAGUAAGAACCAGAACGUUCACGUCCACGUGGUGGACAUGUCCUGUGCCAAACACCUGUGGGACUUUGCGCAGAGUUUUGUCCAAAGUAACGUCCUCAACGUGUUGAUCAACAACGCAGGUUGUAUGGUGAACCAGCGAGAGGUAACAGAGGAAGGUCUGGAGAAGAACUUUGCCACAAACACACUUGGCACCUACAUCCUGACCACAGCUCUUCUCCCCGCCCUGAAGAAGGCCCAGGACCCACGAGUGGUGACCGUGUCCUCGGGCGGCAUGCUCACGCAGAAACUCAAUGUAGACGACCUGCAGUUUGAGAAGGGGACCUUCGAUGGGACCAUGGCCUACGCUCAGAACAAGAGGCAGCAGGUCAUCCUGACAGAGAGGUGGGCGACUCAGCACAAAGACAUCCACUGGUCAUCCAUGCACCCUGGUUGGGCUGACACAGCAGCCGUGCAGACGUCUAUGCCGUCCUUCCACGCCAAGAUGGUGAACAAACUUCGCACGGAGGCCAUGGGUGCCGACACCAUCGUGUGGCUCGCCGUGUCGGCCGCCGCCACCAAGCAGCCCAGUGGACUCUUCUUCCAAGAUCGGCGUGCGGUGGCGACGCACCUCCCGCUGGCCUUCACCGCCUCGUCCUCUCAGGAGGAAGACAAGCUUGUGAUGGCGCUUCAGCAUCUGGCACUGAAGUACAAACCUUGAAAUAUAUCUUUGACCAAAGACAUGGCUGGUAUCUCUUCUUGUAGAUAAAGUCAUCCAUUGGAGGUGAACUUGUAUCAAACAUCUCUUCUUGUAGAUAAAGUCAUCCAUUGGAGGUGAACUUGUAUCAAACAUCUCUUCUUGUAGAUAAAGUCAUCCAUUGUUGGGGGGGGGGGGGGCGUGUCUGUGUUUACUAACAAGACAUCAAGCCAGAAGUUGAGUUUCUUAACAUGGAGAUAUUCUCACUACUUUUCUUUUGUCGAGCGCAAAGAAAAGAACAUUUUAGUUAAAUGUAAGUUGUGUCUUGGAUCAAAGAUCCUAUCUACUGCCCAAAACAGCAAUUAAAAUCUGCUGAAACAGCUACAAAAGCAACAUGCUUCGCCCAAGCGAGUAAAGAGAGACACAGACUCUGAUGCCACUUCACCUCCACCUCCACCUCAGGAUUUUAACGGAGGGACUGCUAGCCAGGACAACAUUGAUAGAGCCAUUGCAGCGUAUGUGCUAGAAGACAUGCAGGCUAUUUCUACAGUGGAGUCACCCGCUUUCAGGCAGCUAAUUAGCAUGAAAACUUUUUCCACGUACCUGGACAGUGAGUACAUAAAAAUGGAAAGCGAGCUAAAGAACACUCCAAACUCUGCCUCUGCUCAUCAUUCAGCACUGAAGCUACACACUCUGUCAAUUCUCUUAUAUACUCUUUCAUUCUAGACUUCUAGAGUGUUUGAUUAUCACAUCACUCUAAAUGUAUAGACUAUAAAGUUCACAAACAUCAGAAUCAGAUCAGAUUCUGAUAACAUAAAGAGGGAUCCUAGUGGGCCAGGCCAAUCUUUCCUUUUCUCUAAACUAAAAGUGGGGAAAUGCGUAGUGUUCUGGGCUUCAGUACAGUGUUGAUCUCCUGAAGACAUGAUUUUAUUUCACAAUUCCUUGAGAGAAAAAAAGGCCUGGUUAGGCGUGUGUAUAGCAGUAUGUGAGCUGUAUAUAGUGACAUGACAUAUAAUCAUGUCAUGUGUGCCUUCCUUAGGUGAAGCCAGCUUUACAGCUAUGUUGUUAUUAUGCUGUUUGUUACUUAUGUAUGUUAUGUUGCAGCUAGUUCAAGUAGUCAAGUCAAUUUGUUCCGGCCCAAAAUAAAUU